AUGUACAAUGCUCCAGUUAGAACUUUCUACCGUCGAAUGAAAGACAUGGAUAUUUCCGUUAGAGGAAAGUAUAGCAACAUCACAUUGGAUUCCCUUGAGCAGAAAAUUACAGACAUCUCUGCUGAGAAUAAUCGUGUUGGGGAGAAAAUCAUUAGGGCUAGACUACAAGGACAAGGUGACCUUGUUCAACGCUCAAGAAACAUACAGGCAAUUCAAAACACUGUUGGCCCUCGUCCAAGGCCACCAAGAUUGACCAGGAGAGAAUAUAGCUCUCGUGCUGCAUUAUCUGUCUGGCAUGGUGAUGGGCUACAUACAUUCAUUGACUAUGGUAUCAUUAUCUUUGGGUGGGUGGAUGGACAUUCCCACGCAGUAAUGAAUAUGGAAGCAAAAACUAACAAUAGAGCAAGCACAGCGCUCGAGGUGUUCUUGACUGCAGUCAGUUACUAUGGCUGUCCUUCUAGAGUCAGAACCGACCACGGAGGAGAGAAUAUAGAAGUGGGGCGAUUCAUGAUCGAAGUUAGAGGACCAAAUAGAGGGAGUUUUUUGACGGGGAAAUCUACCAGAAACACUCGUAUCGAAAGGAUGUUGGUUGAUGUGAAAAAGGAUGCCACUCAUCCUGUUAAGUUACUCUUUCAGUAA